AUGCUGCAUGCGUCAGCGAUAGCGGGCGCAUGUGCGGGCCUGGUGUCGUCGGUGGUCACUUGUCCGCUGGAUGUUGUCAAGACGCGGCUGCAGGCGCAAGAGGGUCGACGACAACCCAUCGCCGAUGCACAGUCGGUAUGCACAACAACACAUCGAAUACAUAGCGCUGAUCCACCACGGUAUCUGGGACUGCGUGGCACACUGCGCAAGAUCUGGCGCGACGACGGAGUUCGUGGCUUCUAUCGCGGACUGGGCCCGACCAUCUUCGGAUACUUGCCCACCUGGGCGAUCUACUUUAGCGUGUACGACAAGUGCAAGUCGUCGCUGGCGCAGAACGAGCUGACGGCGUCCAAGGAUUUCCUGAACCACAUCCUGUCGGCCAUGACGGCCGGUGCAGCAUCGACGGUGUGCACGUCUCCGUUGUGGGUGGUCAAGACACGCUUCAUGCUUCAGUCGGCCAAGGACACGGGCGUCAAGCCGUACCGACACACGGGGGAUGCAUUUGUGCAGAUCUACAAGAGCGAAGGAUUGCGCGGCUUCUACAAGGGGUUGCUGCCGAGUCUGUUCGGUGUGAGUCACGUUGCGGUUCAGUUCCCGUUGUACGAGAGCUUCAAGGCGAUUGCUAGGGGCAGUAAGCGUGAUGCGGAUGACGCAGAGUUGGAGGCGAGUACGAUCCUGUUGUGCAGUAGCACAGCUAAGAUGAUAGCGAGUGUGACUACCUAUCCGCACGAAGUGUUGCGGACGAGAUUGCAGAUGCAGCCGCGCAUCAAGUCGGUGGGUAGCGCGAUGGCCGAGACCAAGCACGUGCGGAUGGCGGCGUCGGUUCCGACGAGAUCGCAGGCGGUAGCGGAUGAUACAGCGUUGGCACGUGCAGGGUCGAGGUAUACAGGUGUCUUGCAGGCUUGUCGCACCAUCGCGCACCAAGAGGGGCUUCGCGGCUUUUACAAAGGCAUGGCUGUCAACCUGGUCAGAACGGUCCCCAGCUCGGCACUCACCAUCUUGACGUACGAAGUGAUCAUGCAGCAUCUUACGCAUCCCCCCCCCUCCGAACACGUGUAA